UUCGCCCCGCGUACCGUACCUCUCUGGUGACUUCGCGCGAAACCUCACGUGCGAGACUCACCAUGGCUAUCUUCGCUUUCAUGUUCUUCAAGCUCUUCAUCGCUUCUGUGCCUUUGGCACAAGGACUUGUCCGAGAAGGAACUGUUCAGGCGGGUCCAGUUGCCACCAUUCCUCUGGACAAGCAGUACGUGCCCGUCAUCCGCAAUGAAAAGAUCGUGUCUUACAAGACUGCCUACUUCGGCAAGAUCCACAUUGGCGUAGCCAGGCAGCAAACCUUUACAGUGGUGUUCGACACUGGUAGCGCUCAUCUGUUUGUGCCUUCAGCCACCUGCCCGUCACCAGCUUGCACUCGUCACAGGCAGUUUUACCGCAACAUGUCCGAUUCGGCCAUCGACCUGGAUCACGAUGGAAACCCGGUGAAGAAGAACGCCACGCGCCGGGACCAGGUGAACAUUGCCUUUGGCACUGGAGAGGUGACUGGUGAGUUUGUGCGGGAAACCGUUUGCCUCACUCCUGGUGCCAUGGAAACUCCGCGCAAGGAUUGCACCGAGCUUCGUGUGAUUUUGGCGAGCGAGAUGACCAAGGAGCCCUUCAUGACUUUCGAGUUUGAUGGCGUGUUGGGCUUGGGUCUGGCAAGCCUGGCGGUGGAUCCUGAAUUCAGCUUCUUCGGGCAAAUGUCCAAGAUGAACGGUCUGACCGAGCAGACCUUUGGAUACUUCCUGUCGCGAAGCGACAAGGUGCCGAGUGAAAUCUCUUUUGGAGGCCACGACAAACGCCGCCUGGCCAGUGAUUUGCAGUGGGUUCCCGUGCACAAGCCGGAGCUGGGAUAUUGGCAGUUGAAGCUUGUGGGUGUCAUUGUGGCGGGAGAACGUCUGCCACUCUGCGAGGAGGGUGACUGUGUGGCCAUUGCUGACACGGGCACCUCCCUCUUGGGCGCUCCUCGUGCAGUGACGCAGCGCAUGCAUUGGCUGUUGGCACGAAAGGUGCCUGAGAAUCCCGCGGAAAUCGACUGCCGCACCUUCCCCGGACCUGAGCUCAUCUUUGAGCUGGAGGCCGGGGUCAACGUGACCAUUGGCGCUGAGGACUACUCACGUGCCACCGGAAUGCGCGUGCUGAACAACAAGACCAACACUUCUCAGCUCAUCUGUCGCGCUUCGCUGUUGCCGGUGGACGACGGCGAAGUCCUGGGACCCAAGGCUUUCAUUCUCGGAGAGCCUGCACUGCGAAAGUACUACACCGCCUACGACUGGAAACGCCAACGCAUCGGUUUUGGCCUGUCGAUUCAGCCAAAUCCUGAAGAGUACGAAGACAUUGAACCACAGCACUCCAUCUACGGAGCGCCGCCAUCGGGUCCUCCAGUCCCAACGGAGGUGAUGGUGUGAUCCGUGGCACCAUUUUCCGGCGCCAAGGACAAAAG